UUUCAGGAAAUUCCAAGCUGGGCAGGAGGAGGGGCUGGGCUGGGAGGGGGGCGCGCCCUGUCCAUCCCCCCACCCCUUCUGCGUGUCCUCUAUGCGCACCCGGUCCGGCCCAGGCCCGCCCCCACACUCAGCCCGGAGGCCUCUGCUUUUCCACCACCACUUUCUAGUCCUUUAAAUCCUAGAGGCAAAACUUUUGGGGGAUAAGGAAGGCGGGGAGGGGCCUGGGCCUUAACCCUCUCUGCCCCAGAGGGACUGGGCUGGACUGGGCAGUGACUUCGCGGCCCGUUUGGGCUCCUACCAUGGCCCCCCGAGAGGGGCUGACACUUCGGUCCCCGGUGCAGGUGUGAUCCGCCCGGAGGAAAAAGGAAGAAGGAGCGGACUUGGGACUCGGAGGCAGAGGCGGGCUCCGAACCAAGGAGAGGGGCGUCCCAGUCGGAGCCCGAGAGCGCGCCUGCCCCACUCCGCGAGGGCCACGAGAUGCCGGUGCUGAAGCAGCUGGGCCCCGCGCAGCCCAAGAAGCGGCCGGAGCGCGGCGCCCUCUCCAUCUCCGCGCCGCUCGGCGACUUCCGGCACACGCUGCACGUGGGGCGCGGUGGCGACGCCUUCGGGGACACUUCGUUCCUGAGCCGUCACGGCGGCGGGCCGCCGCCCGAGCCCCGGGCGCCGCCCGCCGGGGCCCCGCGCUCCGCGCCGCCGCCCGCGGUGCCGCAGCCCCCGCCGCCGGUCCUCCGCACGCCCGCGCCCGCCGACCCGCUGCUGUCCUUCCACCUGGAUUUAGGCCCCUCCAUGCUGGACGCGGUGCUGGGCGUCAUGGACGCGGAGCGCCCGGGGGCCGCUGCCGCCAAGCCCGACUUGGACCCCAGCUCUGGGGCACAGCACCCCAGGGCCCGCUGCCACCCCAACGCGGACCUCGAGAGGGACGACGUCAUCGGCCUGUAG